AUGGAUUGGUCUCUGACUGUCAUUACAAUACCGUAUUUAUUGAGUCCAGUUGCUGCAGGUGUUCCCUUAGGAUUCGCAAAUGUUCUUGGAAUAUCUACAGAUUUUCAGUGUUAUUUUGCCCUCACUUCAGUAGCAGCCCAGGGAAUGGCCUUUGUUUUAAUUUUCGAAAAUCGGUAUUUUCUAAUAUUUGCUCGAAACACGUUGUGGCGAUACAUCCGUGUAGUUUUUAUUAUUAUCAAUUACUGUGCUGUUUUCUGUGUCUUCUUGCCAUUAUUGACAAUGAUUCCAGAGCAAACAGAAGCUAGAAAAGCUGUUUUAAAGAUCCUUCCUGAUCUUCCCGAAGCACUGGAUGUAAAAUUGAUAUUUGUACUGAGUACUGACAUUAGUUAUAUUCUGAUUUCUGCAGUUUUCAUGGAAUCAUUUUUAUCCACGGAGGCAGCAAUUUUUGUGGUUUUGCUCUGGACUAAUUUCAAACUUACUCGAUCUGCACAACAUUCGUUCAAAACCUUGAAGUUGCAAAAGAAAUUUCUGCUGGCUAUGUAUAUUCAGGCAGCUGUGAUGUUUUUCAACUUGGUGAUUCCAGUUUCCUACUUCAUAUUCUCUACAGUUUCGAAACUGCACAAUCAGACAGCCAACAAUUUGAGUAUUUUGCAAUUUGUAAUCGCAGAGAAGACAACUAUGCUCCCCACUGUGGCGAUUCCGGCGAUGUCGAUUCAAAGAAGAGGCGUGGACGAAGACGUGGGAGCACGAUCCACAAACAUAGGUGCCUGA